AAUAUUUAAUUGUUGCUUGCAAACGUUGUAACGUUACCGCGUUUUGUGACGAAGCCGGGCCAAACACUAACCUUAACUUACUGAGGUAAAAUCAACCUGCAAGUUAUUUAAACGAAUACUUUCCCAUUGACGUUUUGCAGUAGUUCGUUUUUAACCAGAGAUAUGCUACUAAAAGGCAUUUGGUCUAACCUUAACCGACUUGAGACAAACAAGCUCGAGGGAGGGUUCAGUUAACGUAACGGAAAUAUGUUUACAUUUUUUUUUUUUGACAAAUUCACAAAUACUGAAUAAUGAAUUAUCUGGAUUAAAGAUAUUCAAUGACCCUAUGCUAGUUUUAUUUGAUCUAUUUAACCCUUUCACACGUAAAUGUAAAACGUUCAGAAUGACCCCUCAGUGUUAAUUGGCGACCGUUAGGCCGUACUACUUCAAUAUCUCCAUGGUGGCGCUUGCACUGCUAUCAAGCGACACACCGCAGAGCUACAGCGGCUGUCUAAAUGAUGUUUUCUUUUUAUUCGAAAUAUUGUCAAACUUGUUAACUAUGUCAUGAAAUAUCUGAUAUUCCGACUGUGAAAUAUGUGUAUCUGAAUGUCUUUGUUGUUGAACUACUUUUCUAAUGAUCGCAUUACUUGAACUUAGUUAUAAAUAUUAUUUAUUGAAAGUUUAAUUAACAUUUCUGGUUUGGUAAUUUUUUUUCUCUUUCUUUUUAGGUUAUGGCAGACUUUAUGUGUUGGACGACUUUCCAUGUUUGCCAAUGGCUAAAAGAUAUUGAAUUGGGGCAAUUCUGUGAAACUUUUGUGGAGAGGAUGUCUGAGAGGCUCAUUCCAGUCAUCCGCAAACAGAGUCUGUUUUUGGUCCAGUUGGAAAUACUUAAAAGUACACCAACGAGCAGAGAGCACCCUCCAAAAAGGAGUGAUCACUCCAGCCAAGUGCAGUCUGAUCCAGAUACCUCUUUAGUGAUUCCAGUGUUGCUGAGGAUGGCCAUAAACAGAAGAGAUUCUGAUCUGAAGAGUGCAAGCAAAACAAAACUACGGACUCUAUUGAUUCAAACUCUUUUUGACCACCUUAGUAUGAAAACAAUGUAUCCAACUCAUCUUCAGUAUAUUGGACUUCUGUCAACCUUGAUAACAGAUUACCCAUUCCUUAGAGAAAGUAUUGGGAGCGGAUAUGAUUCUUUGCUUGAAUCAUUGAAAAACAAAUUUAAGAAGGAAAGGAGGCCACUUGUUGCCAAUGCUGAAAUACAGCGAAUUAAAGCGAGAUGGGCAGGAAGGAAGCGGCCUCAUGAGACGGCUGAAACGAAUCCACGCACCACAGUUGAUGCCGGAGAAGAUGAUCGAAGCAUCAAGGAACAUCUGAGAGUAAUUAAGGAAGAAACAGAGAAGCUUCGACCAAAUCUAGAGCUCAUCAAAGAAAAGAUGGCACUGGUGAAAUGCUACCAAAGAAAUUUUGUGUCCAACCACAGCACAGAGGAGACUCUCUCGGAGUUCCCGUGUUUCAGACUGGCCAAAAUACUUCUUUGGAUUAUGAGAGACCACACCACUGUUGAUGUGGACCAACAAAUUCUAACACAGCUCGCUGUAAUGGCACCUCAAGUCCUUCGAGUUUCACGAAGUCCCCUGAAAGAGAAGUUCAGGUGCAAAAUUGAGGACUGUGUAGAUGGCAGAAUGAAAAAAGGCCUACAGUUGGAAGCAGCUAUUUUGCUCUUGCCUGCACUGUUCAAGGAGGACCCAGGAUUGCUUUUUGAAGUUGAGGGCCAUGCCCAGACCAGCCCUUCUGACAUCCAAACACCUAAGAUGCUGCUUAAGGGCUGCAGAGAGGGCCAUCCCAUGCAGUAUGACCAUAUUGUUCUCAUGUUGGAUGGCCAGUUGAUUACAAAUGAAAGCGAGGACAUCUCAAUGGCACUGGGCCUCCUGUUGUGCAUAUAUUUUGCAUUUGGAAUCGAGUAUCCUAAAGGACUAAAAAAGACAUUGACCUUUUUGGAGUGUGUUGUUUUGAAAUUGAAAGAUGCAGCUAGACUUCCUGUCACUGUAAAAAGGGUGUACAACUCAGUCUGUGAGUAGAUUAGGAGUCGAUAUUCUUUCUGCAUCUUUUGGCCUUUCUAGUUCCACUUUCUCCUGUUUAAGAAAUCCUGAAGGGCUUAGUGCACUGCAACAAUUAAAGACACUGCUAGACUUUAGAAUAUACAACUACGUUUGCAGUUGGUUGUGUUUAAGAAGUUUUUUUCAUUUCACUCACUACUCAGUCGAAUUACAGGGCUACAGUAAGUGUUUGUAAACCUUGUUGCAUUGCGAGUUCUAUUCUAAUGCAUAUGUGUGUAUAUUUUUAUUUAUUUAUUU